AUGACGCCCGCCUUGAGGGCUCACCGCAAAAUCCCCCACGAGGGCAACUCGGCGCCUCGUCGCUUCGUGCAGUGGCUUUUAUGCGUGGCGGGCCGAGUCACAAUGACGUCUGCCUGUGUAAAUCCGGUGCGAGUCACUGGCGAUCCGGAAUGUUUCGCAGUCAACCGAGAUGAAAGAUCGUCGCUCGACUGGUCAAGCUUCCAAAAUAAAUGAAACGCUCUGGGGUCGGCGACAAUGACAGGCGGGGACAUAGGCAUGGAAAGUGAUGGGUGCUUUGUCCAAGAUGAUUGCCGUAAGGAACUGUCGGGAAAUAAUUACACAGUAGGGACUGCCCAAUAUCAAGUUGAUGUAUAACAAUAGCAUCAG